UGCCUUGGGAAAUAAUUCUUCACUUUGCUGUAAGAUAUGUUACCUUGUGAGGUAUUGGAUAAGAGAAUUCUGGGUCAUGUUUAAAACAGAUUCCAAUCUUACAAACACUAUGGAGGAAUUUCAGGAAUUGGUGAAAGCUAAUGGUGAGGAGUUACACUGUCGCCUAAUUGACACAUCUCAAAUAAAUGCUCGAGAUUGGUCCAGGAAGGUAACCCAGCGAAUAAAAUCCAACAGCAGUAAGAAACGAAAAGUUUCACUACUCUUUGAUCAUCUGGAACCAGAGGAGUUAUCCGAUCAUCUCACUUACCUUGAAUUCAAGUCCUUCCGACGAAUAUCAUUUCCAGAUUAUCAAAACUACAUCAUAAAUGGAUGUGUGAAGGACAAUCCCACAAUGGAACGCUCAAUCACUCUUUGUAAUGGUAUUUCACAGUGGGUACAACUAAUGGUAUUAAAUCGACCAACACCACAGCUUCGAGCUGAAGUAUUCAUCAAGUUCAUUCAUGUGGCCCAGAAACUUCAUCAGUUGCAGAAUUUCAACACAUUAAUGGCUGUGAUAGGAGGUCUUUGUCACAGUUCCAUCUCUAGACUUAAAGAAACUAGUUCUCAUGUUCCUCAUGACAUCCAUAAGAUAUUCAAUGAAAUGACUGAACUGCUGUCAUCCUGUAGGAACUAUGAUAAUUACAGACGUGCUUAUAAUGAGUGCAGUAACUUUAAAAUCCCUAUUCUUGGGGUACAUCUGAAAGAUUUAAUUUCCCUUUAUGAAGCUAUGCCAGAUUACUUGGAAGAUAAAAGAGUUAAUAUGCACAAAUUGUAUUCUUUGUACAAUCACGUCAAUGAACUGAUACAGCUGCAGGAGAUGGGUCCCCCUCUGGAAGCUAACAAAGAUCUUGUCCAUCUCCUUACAUUGUCACUUGACCUUUACUAUACGGAAGAUGAAAUUUAUGAAUUUUCAUAUGCACGAGAGCCAAGAAAUCACCGGGCUGCACCUUUGACACCUUGUAAACCCCCAGUCGUAGCAGAUUGGGCAUCUGGAAUUGCCCCCAAACCUGAUCCAAAGAUAAUUAGUAAGCACGUUCAGAGAAUGGUAGAUUCUGUUUUUAAAAAUUAUGACCAUGAUCAGGAUGGAUAUAUUUCUCAAGAAGAAUUUGAGAAGAUUGCUGCAAGCUUUCCAUUCUCCUUCUGCAUAAUGGAUAAGGACAGGGAAGGUCUGAUUAGCAGAGAUGAAAUAACAGCCUACUUCAUGAGGGCCAGUUCAAUCUAUUCUAAAUUAGGCCUUGGCUUUGCCCACAAUUUCCAGGAGACCACUUACCUAAAGCCAACAUUCUGUGACAACUGUGCUGGAUUUCUUUGGGGUGUUAUUAAACAAGGAUAUAGGUGCAAAGACUGUGGAAUGAACUGUCAUAAGCAAUGCAAAGAUCUGGUUGUAUUUGAAUGUAAGAGAAGACCCAAAGUGACAGCUGUGGAUAACAGUCCAGCAUCAGCUCUUGCAUCUAGCCUCUGUCCCAUGGGACUUAAAGAGCACAUGCAUGGGCUGGAGGAGGGAGGAUUUCCAUUUCCUAAUGGCGAGGUGGUUGAACAUAAUGAAGGCAGCAAAGAUAGAACUAUUAUGCUUAUGGGAGCAUCAGCUCAGAAGAUCUCAGUAAGGCUAAAGCCAUCUGUGGUACACAAGAGUACACAAACUGAUAUAAUGAUGGCACAUGGUAAUGAACUAUCCAAUCUACAAAGAGAGUCAGGAACAUCAUCCGAAAAUAGUUUUCUCCAGCCAACUCCUGUGUUUCCAUGUUCAAGUCCAGUUCUUGGCCGUAAAAAAGCGUAUGUGAAAUGGGAAAACAAGGAUUGCAGUCAAAAAGUGAAGGAAGAUCCACAAACACUAAAACCCACCUAUCAGGAACUAGAAAAGGAAAGAAGUGUUCUAACAGCAGAGAAUGAAGCGCUCAAACUACGCCUUAAACAAGCUCAUAAGAAGAUUGAAUUCCUCAGCAUUCAACGAAAUCACAUAUUGGACAGUAGGGAACAUGGAGAUUGCUUGUAGCUAACAAGAAGGACAUUGUUCUGUGGAAAAGGUUUAGAUAAAUCUGUGGCAGACACUGGAGUGUUGAAGCCAGAAUUUGGAAUCUAAAUUCAAAUUGAGACUUCAAUAACUAGAUGUCCUUGGUUCCUAACUCUGAGACCAACUCUUACUUCAUAUGAUAGCUGUAAGGCUAAAACCAUAUUUUAGGGAGGAUGCAGGAUUAAAAGUAAUAAUUUAAAAGUUGGAUUCUUGCCAUUCAAAAAGGUAAGUCCUCUCUCUUUCUUUCUGUGUGUCUAUACAGAUAGACCUUGACCUACUACCAUUUGGUCAGUUACCAUUCCAAGUCAGGGUAGCACUGAAUGAAUGGUGAUUACUGCCAGUCCUUGGCAUUUUGGCCAUUCCAGCACCCCCGCAGUCACAUGAUCGUGAUCUGGGUGC